AUGAACUUAUCUUACUUCCUCACCGUCGAGAUCACACUGAUUCUAUUUGGCCUCGCUAGGUUGUUAGCUCGGUUUUGGCUUGAUGCAUCUUGCAUGUGGUCAUUCAUGUCGAGCUAUCACGUGGGCCAGGGGUGCAAUCGCUUGGACCUGAGUACUGUCCUACAUGCAAAUAAUAAUGCCAUGGAAGAGGUGACUCUUGAAAAAACUAAUGUUUCCAUCAAAAAGGUCUUAGCUAGAAAUUCAAUUCAUGAAAGUAAUGCAAAAGACGCAGCCAACAGCCAGUCUUUCCACGAGCAUAAGGAAGGAUGA